AGCGUUGAGAGAAGCUUCGCGGCUCAGGCUUUCACAUUCUGUACAGCUCUGCAUUUCCACGUCAUAUAUUGCACGCAGCCAGGGGUUGCUUGAUCGCCAUUCCAAUUUCUUUUUGACAACCUCUCGGUAUCUUCAGCCUUUGGUUGCUGUUCACGUUGAGCUCAUGCGGUGAUGGACAUCCCGUGGGUCCGGCAGCGGUCCCUGCAGUUGAGCCCCACAAAAUGUUUCCGGUCUUCCACUCUGCUUGGGCGUGAGACUGUUUGUGGGAAGCUGCGCCGCCUUUCCGGGGCCAAGAAGCCUGGCGUGAAGGGGGAGGGUAGAAAAUGUCUGUCAAAGGACUUGGGUGUGUCCACCAGCCUUUUCAUGGGAGAGCGUACAAAGUUUCUGGCAAGCCCUCCCCAGAAAUCAUGCUCGGGCCGGUGUGCUUUUGGUACAGUAAAUGCUGCGUAUGGCACUCCUCUGGGGGCGCCGCAGAGGAGGCGAGUGUCUGUUGUUACAAGAGCGCGCACACAGCCGAUGCCGCAGGGGACGUACGUGCAAAAUUCGCGAUUCAGAAAGCCAAAUCGAGUGCCGAGCAAUUCAGAGUACUUGGACGAUGAGGGCUGGGGCACUGAAGGGGGCCCAGAGGACUUUCUGGCGGGAGAGAGUGAGGCGGAAGUCGCAUCGGAUGUGGAUAGUCAGGCUGAGACAAGUGGCCGCGCUGAUGAUGAUAAUGGUGGGCCUUUGAGGAAAUUGCAUAGGGAGUUGAGCCUGGACAGUUUAGCAGAUGAAGGCGAGGACAGAGAAGGAGAUUAUCAGUCCGAUUUGGGGAGCUCGCCGGAGCGUCCCAGGCGGACCUACACCGAGCUGCAGCCGAAUGGCCAGGCGGCCCCGUCUGCUUCUCAAGCGCAUUCGGUGGUUCUUCCCCAGCGGCCCCGGAGAGUGUACCGGGAGAUAACGCCGCACGGGCAGUUCAAGGACGAGGCAGAAGCGGAGCACAGGCAGAAAAUGGCUGCAGCGGGGAAGGUGCCGGGGGUGGCCUUUGGGAUCAAAACGCCAGUCACCGAUGGUCCCAUCGCUAGGCAGCUGGGUCUUGUCAAGGAAGAAGUUGGGGCUUUGGAUGCGGAGGGAGUGGAAGAGGAGGAUGAAGAGUAUCAGGGGAAGCGCGUAGUGGUGGAGCGGGUGCCAGGGGCGAGGAGAAAAGCGGCGGAAGAGGAGGCGCUGCCACCAAAAGCCCAGACUAAGGAGGAGUUUGACAGGCUGUAUGAAGAGUACCUUCAGAGAGAGGAGGAGAAGCGCAUAGAGGCGAAACGGCAGAAGGCCAUCUUUGAGGUGGAGCGGAAGGAGCGUGUGCGGCUGAUUGAGGAAGAGCGGGUGAAGCGGAAAGCGGAGCUUGCGAGCAUGGGGAUUGUGGAGAACAAACAGUUUGAGAUUCCGUCAGAGACGAUAGAAAGGAUCCAGCGGCUCAAGGGGAAGGAGAAGCGGGAGGCCUGGGUGGCGGCCUGGAGGCGGGUUCGAAAGCAGGAGACGAGGGAGAAGAACAAAGUGCGGCAAAGCAAGGCUGCGCUUCAGAAAGAGGCUGAGGAGUACCUGCAUCUGGCGAUGCAGAAGCUGAUUGGGGGUGACAUCACGCGGGUGCGCGGCCGCACCGCGAUGGAUAUUAUUGCCAACACGAUGGCGGGGCGCCUGGGGGACGGUCUGCCGGAGCAGCAAAAGAACCUGCUGGAGGAGAUCCCGCCGAUGCCCGUCAACUACAAGACCGUGGAAGAGAAGGCGCAGCGCAUCUUCACCUCGACCUACAUCGAGCAGUUUCGUCCAGAGGCCAACGACGGGCAGGGCAUCAAAACGGUAGUCUCUCCCUUCCGGGAAGCAGAUCCGACGCUAGCACAGGAAAAGGGCCUGCCGAGCUUGAAUCUAGAGAGUGCUCCUCCCGCCACAGAAGCGGGGCUGUUUGGUAGGGGGGUGGAUCUAGAGGUGGAGAGUGAAGUAGAGGCGAGGAUCAGCGCGGAUUUGGCGAGGCUCGAGCGGGAAGCGCAGAUGGAGCUUCAGGGGGGUGCAGGAAGCAGCGAGUUCGAGGGGGGGGUGGCGGAGUUGAACCGAGGUUUGGUGUCGGGUAGGGGGGACUCACAAGUCGGUAAUUCAGAGGCCCAGGCGGCUGCUGACGUCGGAGGGGAGAGCGUAUCAUACGAGGGGACGGCAAACGGUGCACGAGGCUCGGAACCGCGGAAGCGCUAUACUCAUGAUGAUGACGAUGAUCCGGACGAGAGGAAAGACGGUGCGAGGAAAGCCAGCAGCGCAGGCGCUGACGACAGCGACCCCGACAGUGACGAUGACGACAUCAAGAAGAUUGGGGAGGAGCUGUUCCCCGACUUCGACGAGGAGGAGCUGACGUCAGCAUCGCACAGGGGGGCGUCAGCGGAGUCCGACGGACGGGACCCGGACGAUAUGCAAACAAUCGGGGAGGAUUUGUUCCCGGAUUAUGAACCAGAGAUUAACCCCAACGUGGACCUCAGCGAGAUGGGCCGCUUGCUGGGGCGGAGAAUUGCUGACGUGGCAGGUUACCAGCAGGCCCCGGGGGUGCCACGGCUGCACGACAGCAUGCAGGAGGCGAAGGACCUCAACCGGUUUCUGCAGGCCCUGUCGUUCAAGACAUACGCUAUUGAAGCGCGCAUUCGAAAGGCGUCCUCCGAACAGGCUAUCCGCGUGUCCCGGAGACGCUACACCGAAAAAGCGGAGGCCGACGAGCAGCGGCGGCGGCAGCUCAUGGCGCGCGGCGGGGGCGACUUCUGGGAGGCCGCCGGGAAGUACCCGGCCGGGCCUAAGGGAGAAACUUUUGCCAAAGCUUAUCAAAAGGCCCGUCAAGCCAAGGUUCCGGUCGGCGCUCUGCAAUCUGCACGGACAGAAGAAAGCUCUGCGGAGCCGGCUAGUGUCUCUCCACAGCUCGCCCCUGUGGAGAACUUCCAAGUGCCCCCCGGUCGUACGGUGGUUAAGGCCGGGGCCAACGAGUGCCUGCAGUGCGAAGGGGUCAACAAAGAUGGCAGUCAAUGCGUCCGCUUGGUCACGCUCAAGGACAUUGCCAAGUACGGAGGACGGAUCAUGUGCUGGCAGCAUCGGUAGUGUAGUCGAGUUGAGUAGGGAGGUUAUCCUUGACUUGUAUUACGAGCUCAUAGAAUUUGAAAACCGAGUCUGCAAACAAUGCUGCAAAAUGCUUGCGAAUCCAUGACGAAGUUCUUUUGGUCGGUCAACUUUAUGUCAGCCAUUGUGCACUCUGCCUGGG